CCCAGGGCGGCCCACAGAGAGGACAUGGGCAAAUGUCAAGGUGUAACGGGAGCUCCACGAAAGAAAAACGGGCGUACCGGUGAUAUUAUUGAGCUCUCUUGUCUUAGGUUCAGGAUAUACCUAGCAGAAUCCAUCAGAUUGUUGACAUCAUUCAUUGUCUGCCAUCAUUGAAUCGACGAUCAUGGCCAGUACCACAGCAACGGAGACUCCUUUCCGAGUGGUUAUCGUUGGUGCCGGUCUCGCCGGCCUCGUGGCUUCGCACUGUCUGCAACGGGCAGGCAUUGACCAUGUGGUGUUGGAGAAACAAACAGAUAUCGCGCCACAGCUCGGAGCCAGUAUAGCUAUCUAUCCCAAUGGCGCACGGAUCCUGCAUCAGAUUGGAUGUCUCAGAGCCUUAGAAGAGUCGUGUGUGCCCUUGAAUCGGUGGUGGUCGCGCGGUCCCGAUGGCAAGGCCAUCAUGAACAGUUCGUUUUUUGCCUUUGUGAAGGAAAACCAUGGACAGGAUGUUUUGUUGCUGGAAAGACGCCAGCUUCUGCAGACUCUCUAUGACUAUCUGCCGGAUAAGAACAGACUUCGAGUAGGCUGUGAAGUGAAGACCAUCAAACAAGACAAGGAUGGCGUCGAAGUUAUUCUGGCUGAUGGCACAGUGGAGAAGGGAGACAUAGUGCUGGGCGCCGAUGGAGUACGGAGCCCGGUGCGCAGUAUGAUGUGGGAGCACGCCAACAAGACAACCCCAGGGUUGAUCACAGCGGAGGAGAAAAGAAAAAGUAUGAAAACUAGCUUCAGAGUGCUGCUAGGCAUGGGACCUCCAGCGUCCGAAGUAGGCGAGAGGGAUUUGACUAUAUGCAGUGACUCGGGAUUUGUCUUGACAACAGUAUCCCAACCUACCCAUUUGUUUUUUUGCGUGUACCAGAAGCUAGAGAAAGACCUACUCUGGCCGCGACAACUGCGGUACACGAUGAGAGAGAUGGACAUUUUUGCGGAAAGUGUCGCAGACCACCCUGUCUCAGAUACUAUUGUCUUCGGAGAGCUUUGGAAGAAGCGUGACCGCGCGAUACUAGUCGGUCUUGAGGAAGGUGUUCUGCAGCAUUGGUACCACGAUCGGAUUGUCCUGGUCGGAGACUCAGUGCACAAGAUGUUGCCUAACAUCGGUCUUGGAGGAAACAUGGCACUCGAGUCUGUCGCCGUGCUCUGUAAUCAUCUUCACGCAAUGCUGGCGUCCCAGCAAGGCAAGAAGCCUGAUUUGGUGGCGCUCAACAAGGCCUUUGCAGCAUACCAGGAGGAACGUAUGCCGCGCGCCCUCCAUAUCACAGACUUCUCAACUAAAGUGGCGGAAGGACAAGCCUGGGUGACGCCAUUCCAUAAGUUCUAUACCAAAUGGCUAAUUCCUCUGCUGAAAGAGCGCGCACUUGCUGAUAUGAUCGCGGAGCUUAUGCGCGGCGCCCCAAAGCUUGCGUAUGUCGACAGCAGCGGAUUUGGCAAGGGAACUGUGCAGUGGGAUGAUGAGAAGGAAGACAAGGAAGAAACUGCGAAGCGGUCUUUGCAGUGGACCAUGAGCGUUGCUGCACUGGUAGGUAUAGUUGCUAUUGGCACCACCCAGUAUGGCCGUCUCCGCUCUCUGCUUGGGCUCAGAUAGAGUCCUGGAACUGUCGAAUCUUUGUUUAUUUUCUGAAAUCUUUUACGUCGCUGAAUAGAAGACAGGUCUUCGCUUUCAGUUUUGCAUGUUGUCGCCUAUAAUAUGAAGCUCUCCUAAAAGACG